AUGUCUAUCUCAUUCUAUUCUCAUCUAUCUAUCUAUAUAUCUAUCGAUCUAUCUAUCUCAAAAUGUUCAUUAUCUAUCUAUCUAUCUAGCAAGCUAUAUGCUUGUCUGUCUCUUCCUUUUCAUAACUAUUCUAUCUAUCUAUCUAUCUAUCUAUCUAUCUAUCUAUCUCUUCCUUUUCAUAUCUAUCUACCUAUAUUUUUCUUUUCAUAUCUAUCUAUCUAUUUUUAUUUACUCAGUCUAUUCACAUCUUUGUCUGUCAUUGCUUCUAUCGAUCGAUAUAUCUGUCUUUCCUUUUCAUAUCUAUCUAUCUAUCUAUAUUUUCCUUUUCUUAUCUAUGUAUGUAUGUAUGUAUCUAUCUAUCUAUCUCUAUUUACUCAGUCUAUUCAUAUCUUGGUCUGUCAUUGCUUCUAUCGAUCGAUAUAUAUCUCAGUCUGUUCAAAUCUAUCUAUCAAUCUAUCUAUCUAUCUAUCUAUCUAUCUAUCUAUCUAUCUAUCUAUCUAUCUAUCUAUUCCUUUUCAUAUCUAUCUACCUAUAUUUUCCUUUUCAUAUCUAUCUAUCUAUCUAUCUAUCUAUCUAUCUAUCUAUAUUUUCCUUUUCUUAUCUAUCUAUCUAUGUAUGUAUGUAUGUAUCUAUCUCUAUUUACUCAGUCUAUUCAUUUCUUGGUCUGUCAUUGUUUCUAUCGAUCGAUAUAUCUAUCUCAGUUUGUUCAAAUCUAUCUAUCUAUCUAUCUAUCUAUCUAUCUAUCUAUCUAUCUAUCUAUCUAUCAGUCUCUGUCGUUAA